AUGACUUUAACUAAAUACCAACGAGGCGACCUUAUAGAGGGUUGGAAUGAUUGCCCUGUACCCCUAGCUCAUAAAGAACCAUUACAACAUGCAAGCCUUCAACAGGAAAUAGACACCCACAAGGUCAUCGAUAUACUAAACAAACUAUUCCAAUGUAAUAUCGACUUGCCAGAACGUGAAAUAAAACAUUAUGAAACAAAAUUAGUAAAUAGUGUUGACAAAAUGUCCAAGUCCAAUAUCAACUUCGUCUAUCAUAUGUGUGACAGGAUUCUACAGUAUCAGAGCCAGGGCAGUUUCUCAGAAGUGAGGAAUGAAUUGAAAAAUGAAGUUAUUGAAUAUAUGAUGGUCCAUGAAGGAGUCAGUAGUUGGUGCUCACCAUUAAAGAAAAUAAUAACCAGCAUAAAUUAG